UCCUCUUUAUAAAGAGCCCAGCGCGCUUGCGUAGUGUCCUCCGUUCAGUUCGACCUCUGGUGCCGAGGGACAGACAACUGACCCGACUCCCAGCCGAAGACCACACACAGCCCGGCCGCCAUGUAUGCCUGCGCCAAGUUCGUGUCCACCCCUUCUCUGAUCCGUGCUGGGUCCAGAGCUGUAUACAGACCAAUCUCUGCAUCUGUCUUGUCUCGGCCAGAGGUCAGAACUGGAGAGGGAAGCACGCUCCUCAGUGGGACACAGAACCCCUGCACCCAGUUGGUACUGAGGGAAUUCCAGACCAGUGCGAUCAGCAGGGACAUUGACACUGCUGCUAAAUUCAUUGGUGCUGGUGCUGCCACCGUAGGUGUGGCUGGCUCUGGUGCUGGUAUUGGAACAGUUUUUGGUAGCCUAAUCAUUGGUUAUGCCAGAAAUCCUUCCUUGAAACAGCAGCUGUUCUCAUACGCCAUCUUGGGAUUUGCCCUGUCUGAAGCUAUGGGUCUGUUUUGUUUGAUGGUUGCUUUCCUGAUCUUAUUCGCCAUGUAAAUGAUGCUGGGAACGUCUACCUUCAACUGAUCAGCUGUAAACAAUAUUUUACUGUGGCUCCCGAGGAAAUGUUGUGUUGUCACGGAUAUGUACCAUAUUUCCAAAGUCCUUUCAUUAAAAAUGGUAAAACUUAGAUACAAAA